AUGGAAGUCUACUUGGAGAGCGUGCCGAGAAGCACAUUGCUUCCGUGGACAAAAUAUCACUUCGGCUGUAGACCGUUCGCGUUCCAACAAGAUUCAGCACCGGCCCAUAGAGCGGGGUGACCCAGCAGUGGUGCCCAGACACCUUACCAGGAUUUAUCAAUGCUCAGGAAUGGUCAUGUGAUAGCCCUGAUCUGAAUCCAGUGGAUUAUUCCGUAUGGUCGCUGUUGAAGAGCAAGGUUGCUCUAAGCAACACCACUCAAUUGGUUCGCUGA